AUGUCCGAAACUGAAAAUUAUAGUCAAGUUUCUAACGUUGAAAGGUACAAGAGAAAGAGAGUAGGGCUUAAAUCUAAAUUGACAAUUUUUAAAAAUUAUAUCACAGAUGUAGAGUCCAAUAUUUCCAACGAUGAUUAUAAUACUCCGUCAGAGGAAAUCAAAUUAAGGUUAAAUAAAGCUGUAGAUUUAUUAGAUAAUUUCGAUGAAAUUCAAUCCGAAAUUGGAUGUCAUGUGAACGAUUUAGAGGAGGAAGCGUCCCAAAGAGAGCUCUUCGAAAAGGAUUAUUUCUCUAUUAUUACUAAAACACGAUCGCUGCUAUCAAAGGCCAAUCCCAAUGAAGUUAUGUAUAACAUUAAUUCAGAAAACGAUGUUCAAUCCCAAGCACGUCCUUCUAGUCGACCUAACGUCAAUUGUAACAUUAAAUUACCUACUCUUCAACUUCUAAAAUAUAGCGGGAGCUAUGAGAAAUGGUUAGAGUAUAGAGAUUCGUUUCAGUCAAUAAUCAUGGAUAAUUCAGAUAUAAAUCCUAUUCAAAAAUUCCACUACUUAAAUUCCUCUCUUAGCGGUGUUGCCGAAAAGGUCAUUAGUAAUUUGCUAGUGUCUUUGGAUAAUUUCUCAGUCGCGUUGCAAAUGCUAUGUGAAAGAUUUGCAAACAAAGAUUUAUUAAUAUAUAAUCACACCAAGUGUCUUUUUUCUUUCCCAAAAAUCACAAAGCCAUCUGCAUCAAGCAUCAGGCAACUAAUAGAUGAACUUCAAGGUAAUUUAAGGUCACUUAAAUCAUUGAACCAACCAAUUGAUACCUGGGAUACCCUACUUAUAUUUAUUAUAAUAGAAAAACUUGAUUCCUACACCACACAGGAGUGGGAAUCUAAGAAACCUUCAAACGCAACGUUAAAGGAUCUUAUUAAUUUUCUAAAAGGUAAGGCUGACGUUUUGGAAAAAAUUGAUGCCAACCUUGGACAGAAUAAUAAAGAACGAUUCAGUUCCGAUAAGAAAUCUUCAAGAGCUCUAGUAGCCACCCAAACUUCUUGUGCUUUCUGCAAAUCCAUCAAUAAUAAAAUAAGUCUGUGUCCCGAUUUCAAUCAUUUAAGUAUUUCUGAUCGGGCCGAAAAUGUUAAGAGGCUUAAAUUAUGUUUCAAUUGCCAACAUUCAGGCCACAUUAAUUUAAAUUGUAAGCACGGAAAGUGUACUAAAUGUGGUAAAAAGCAUCAUUCUCUCUUGCAUAUCAAUACGGAUAACUCAAAUAACUUAACUUCAUAUUCCAAUUCAGUGCAGUCAUCUUCGAAUAUUCAAUCUGACUCGACUGUACACAACACUCAAACCCUAUCUAACUAUGUUCCAGAAUACAAGUCUGUUCUGUUAUCGACAGUUCUAGUGAAUGUUUUUGAUAGCGCAGGAGUUGCGCACAAAUGUCGUGCCCUCCUGGAUAGUGCUUCACAAUCAAAUUAUAUUGUAUCUAGUUUUUUUUGA